CAAGACAAUUUAUUGUGUUUAAAAUGGGUUUGUAUUUUCUAAAUAUUUCUUUUACACAGAUAUGGCCUGAGUGUACAGACCCUUCUAAAUUUGUGUAUGAAGACAUAUCUAUAGCCACAUACUUACUGUUGCUGUGGGGUAAUACACCAAAUACAACAUUUGUAGAUGUCGGUUGUGGCAAUGGAUUGUUAGUUUACAUCUUAACAAUGGAAGGUGGUAUAGGUCUUGGUGUAGAUGUCAGGAAGAGAGGUAUCUGGGAUAUGUAUCCUAAUAAUAUAAAAUUAGAGGAAAAAACAAUAACACCAGCUAAUAUUAAGGAUUUAUCUAAAUAUGAGUGGAUAAUUGGAAAUCAUUCAGAUGAACUUACCCCUUGGAUUCCGGUUAUUGCCGCCCAAGGCUAUAAUAAUAAAUUUUUCCUACUUCCUUGUUGUGCAUUUAACCUAAAUGGAACAAAAUACAAGAGACGAGACUCAUCAAAAAGUCAAUAUGGUGACUAUUUAGAAUAUAUUAAAUCUCUUUGUGAAGAUUUUGGUUUUGAUGUAAAACUAGACAGGUUGAAAAUUCCUAGUACAAAACGCAUAUGCCUUGUAAGUGAAAAGAGGGCAUAUCAAGAAGAAGAAUAUGAAAAGUAUUGCAAUUUUAUUCAAGAGACAUUGAACACAGCACUGAGGAUAAACAGUAAUUUAAAUUUUAAAGCAAGGGAAAAAGUUGAAAAGGUUAGAAAUUGUACACAAGUUGAUAAAGAUAUCUUGGAAUGGAUUGUUCAAUGUAUUGCAAAAUAUUUAAUACAAGGUUGUGAGCUUGAAAAAUCUUGGUCUUCUGGAAAAGAAGUAGAAAUUGCUGAGGUUAUUAAUCUUAUUCCGGAAAAUAUAUUAAAAAACCUUAAAUCUGAGUGUGGAGGCUUGCAAACUCUUCUAAGAAAUAAUCAUCAUAUAUUCAAAGUAAUUAAAGGAAAAGUUCAGUUAAGAUACCCAAAAACUAUAGAGGAAGUUAAAAAAACUAUGAAGCAUAAAAAUAAAACCUUUAAAGUGCAAGUUAAGCAGUGUUGGUUCUAUGACAAUCACCCACAAGGCUGUCCAUUGUCUGAUGACAAUUGUAGUUUUUUACAUUUUGUAAAAUAAAAACAAAACAAUAAAAAAUAUAAAAAAUUUAUUUAUCAUUUAAA